GGCGGCGGCGGCGGCGGCGGAGGAGGAGGAGGAGCUCGCGGGUCCCGGGCAGGAUUUCUGGCGCGGAGCGGGGUCGCGGCGCGACGGGAGGCAAUGGCCGCAGCGCAGCGUUCCGCGCCGGUCUGCAGAGACGAGCGCUGCCCUCCGCCGAGUCAGGAGUGAGCGGCUCAGGCAGGCGGCAUGGAGGAGGAGCCGGAGCCGCCCUUUCGGCCGCGCACCCAGAGUCGGGGCUGGGUCCUGCUCCUGACCAUCUGUGCGGCUGGCAUUGGUGGAACUUUUCAGUUUGGCUACAACCUCUCCAUCAUCAAUGCCCCAACCUGGCACAUUCAGGAAUUCACCAAUGAAACAUGGCAGGCACGUACUGGAGGGCCACUUCCGGACCACCUGAUACUGCUUGUGUGGUCCCUCAUCGUGUCUCUUUUCCCCCUGGGGGGCCUGUGUGGAGCGCUCCUUGCAGGGCCCAUGGCCAUCCAACUGGGAAGGAAGAAGUCCCUCCUGGUGAAUAACGUCUUUGUACUGGUGGCAGCGAUCCUGUUUGGAUUUAGCAGCAAAGCAGGCUCCUUUGAGAUGAUCAUGCUGGGAAGACUGUUCGUGGGAGUCAGUGCAGGUGUGAGCAUGAACAUCCAGCCCAUGUACCUAGGGGAGAGUGCCCCCAAGGAGCUCCGGGGAGCUGUGGCCAUGACCUCAGCCAUCUUCACCGCCCUGGGGAUCGUGAUGGGACAGGUGGUUGGACUCAGGGAGCUCCUGGGUGGCCCACAGGCCUGGCCCCUGCUGCUCGCCAGCUGCCUGGUGCCUGGGGUGCUCCAGCUCGCCUCCCUGCCCCUGCUCCCUGAGAGCCCGCGCUACCUCCUCAUUGACCGUGGAGACACCGAGGCUUGUGUGGCAGCCCUGAAAUGGCUUCGAGGUGACAGGGAUGUGACCUGGGAGCUGGAGGAGAUAGAGGAAGAGCGAGCUGCCUGCCAGGGCCACCGUGCUCGGCGCCCAUGGGAGCUGUUCCAGGAUCCUACCCUGCGGAGGCAGAUGACCAGCCUGGUGGUGCUGGGCAGUGCCCUAGAGCUCUGUGGGAACGACUCGGUGUACGCCUACGCCUCCUCCAUAUUUCUGGAGGCUGGAGUGCCGGAGGAGAAGGUCCAGUAUGCCAUCAUUGGGACUGGGAGCUGCGAGCUGUUUGCGGUUCUCGUUAGCUGUGUGGUGAUUGACAGGGUAGGAAGGCGGGUGCUGCUGAUAGGAGGGUACAGCAUGAUGACCUGCUGGGGGAGCAUCUUCACCGUGGCCCUGUGCCUGCAGAGCUCCUUCCACUGGAUGCCCUACCUGGCCGUGUCCUGCACCUUUGCCUUCAUCCUCAGCUUUGGCAUUGGCCCUGCUGGAGUAACAGGGAUCCUGGCUACAGAGCUGUUUGACCAGAUGGCCCGGCCUGCUGCCUAUGUGGUCUGUGGAGUGCUCAUGUGGACCAUGCUCUUCUUGGUCGGGCUGGGGUUCCCCUUCAUGCUGGCGAGUUUGUCCCAGUUCCUGUAUGUUCCUUUCAUCGGUGUUUGUAUCUGUGGGGCCAUCUACACUGGCUUAUUCCUCCCUGAGACCAAAGGCAAGACCUUUCUGGAGAUCUCCAAAGAACUGCAGAGACUCAACUCACCCAAGCAGGCCCAGGGCCCCACGUGGACCGGCCCUGAGGUCAUCACAUCCACUGAGCUCUAGUUGUAAUGGGAGUGGCACAGACAAAGCCAAUUGCUGUCCUUUCUUUUGCUUUGCUUCCUCCAUUCACUGGCUCCUGCUUGUCUUUGCUUUUGUUUUGUUUUGUUUUGAGACAAGGUCUAGCUGUGUAGUUCAGGCUGGCCUUGAACUCGCUCUGGAGCCCAAGAUGACCUUGAACAUCCAGUGAUCCUCUUGCCUCAGCCACCCAAAGGCUGGGAUUACAGGCAUGUGCCACCACAUCCCAGCCAGAACAUGUUGUCUGAAUGGCUGUAGUCUUAAAGAAUGUGAAAGAUAAACUUUGUUAUAGAAAUCUGCGCAUACAUGCUAACGAUGCGAAGCAUGGGGUAUGAAAAGAAAUCCUUUUUCAGCAUUGUAUUAAGUUGGUUUUCUAUGACUAUGAAAAAAAAAUACCUGAGAUAUAUGA